GUGGGGCAGCUGAGCGUUAUCUAUGGGCCUUGCUUUGAGGUUUCUUUGUGCACCUUGUUUUGCAGUGUAGAGGUUCUCAAACCCCACAGCAGUGGGACUGGGUUUGCUGUCCUGUUCCAGCAGGAUGGCAUCUGGGUCCUGCUCACUAGCGAUGCUUUGCUUGGUCAGCAGGUCGGGUCAGAGAUGUGCCAGGCUGUACGGAGCAUUGUAGGAUUUUGAAGGCAGUAGCUUUCAGAUAAGAAGGCUGUGUGCUCUGCUGCCUUCAGACUGCUACUAGCACGGAUGUUUUAUCCCAUGGGUGCAGCUCUGUAUAAGUAUGGGCAUUGUGGCUGUGUUUCUUUCCCACAUAAUAUGUGAAUUCAAUGGCAAUAAGAGCACAUCCUUCACAGACCACUGUAUGUACUUUAGAAGAAUUUCAAUGCAAUAGGAGGGGAGAUUGCAAGAAGUAAUUGAAAACCUUCUCUCCUUGGAAAAACAAACGCGAACGGCUUCUGACAUGGUUUCCACAUCGCGUAUCUUAGUGGCUAUAGUGAAGAUGUGUUAUGAAGCUAAAGACUGGGAUGCUCUGAAUGAAAAUAUUAUUCUUCUUUCAAAGAGAAGAAGUCAGUUAAAACAGGCAGUUGCUAAAAUGGUCCAGCAGUGCUGCACUUAUGUUGAAGACAUCACAGACUUACCAGUGAAGCUGCGCUUAAUUGACACGUUGCGUACAGUUACAGAAGGAAAAAUAUACGUGGAAAUCGAACGCGCUCGCCUGACAAAGACACUCGCAACAAUAAAAGAACAGAAUGGGGAAGUGAAAGAGGCUGCCUCUAUUCUGCAGGAAUUGCAGGUGGAAACUUAUGGUUCAAUGGAAAAGAAAGAACGUGUAGAAUUUAUCCUUGAGCAGAUGAGGCUCUGUCUAGCUGUAAAAGACUACAUUCGGACUCAAAUUAUCAGCAAAAAAAUUAAUACAAAAUUUUUUCAAGAAGAAAACACAGAAAAACUAAAAUUGAAAUACUACAACCUAAUGAUCCAGCUGGAUCAACACGAAGGCUCCUACCUCUCCAUUUGUAAGCACUACAGAGCCAUUUAUGAUACUCCAUGUAUUCAAGCUGAGAGUGAAAAGUGGCAGCAGGCACUGAAGAGCGUUGUUCUUUAUGUUAUUCUUUCACCUUAUGACAAUGAACAAUCUGACUUGGUGCACAGAAUUAGUAGUGACAAAAAGCUAGAAGAAAUCCCGAAGUAUAAAGACCUCCUAAAAUUAUUUACCACCAUGGAGUUGAUGCGAUGGACUGCCCUAGUUGAAGAAUAUGGGAAGGAAUUGAGAGAAGGAUCCCUUGACAGUCCUGCAACAGAUGUUUUUGGCUGUACAGAGGAAGGUGAAAAGAGAUGGAAAGAUUUAAAGAACAGAGUUGUGGAACAUAAUAUUAGAAUAAUGGCUAAAUAUUAUACCAGAAUUACAAUGAAGAGAAUGGCACAGCUCCUGGAUCUGUCCGUUGACUGCUGUAGACCGUCACUGCUUUGUUUUACAGACAGUGCAGAAGGACACAGCAUUGUAGAAAUGCACUGCUUGGAAUCGGAGGAGUUCCUGUCUAACCUAGUAGUUAACAAGACCAUCUUUGCUAAAGUAGACAGGCUGGCAGGAAUUAUCAAUUUCCAGAGGCCUAAGGAUCCAAACAAUAUACUGAAUGACUGGUCUCACAAGCUGAACUCACUAAUGGCCCUAGUUAACAAAACCACACAUCUCAUUGCCAAAGAGGAGAUGAUACAUAACCUACAGUAAGGUGCCUCAAUAAUCUCAGUGCUUUUAAAGAAGGCAUUAAAUCUUCAUAAUAGAGACUAUUAUUACAGUGUGUAUAUGUUUUUUUCUCCUUGUCAGGGCUUCCUGGUCUAAAAUUUAGGACAUAAUUCUGAAAUUCCUGUUGACAGUUGAGUUCCCUUGAUUAUUCAUUCAGUUGUUAAACAUUUUUGCUACAAUUGGUGAAAGAACAUAAUAAAAUUGUAUUGCCUGUAUAA